GAUAAAUGAAGGCAGAUUCUUCUCCUGGGUUCAUUUCAAUGUUUUCUCUGUCAGUGUGAACUAGAAGCAGCUCCACAGAGAUGAAAACAGCCGCAGAGACUCUGAGCGGAGCUAACGAUGCUAACGAUGCUAACAGGCUCCAGCAGCAGCUUCAGAGGAGCUGUGGCUCCUAAACUGGAGCUUCAGCUCCAACAGAGCUGAAUCAAAGCUCUACAACUCUGGUUUAGACGAUAAGAUGCUGAGCUUCCGGUCUGAAGAUCAGCCUCCAUUUUGAGCUGCAGGAUGGAAAUAACUUGCUGACUUGUUACUAGAGGCCAGAAGAUGAAAGAUCAGGACAGAGCAGAACCUCCAGGAUCCAUCAGUCCAUCUAUGAGGAGUGACUGGUCCAAAGAAAACAAUCCAGAGUUCAGUAAUGAACCUGAACCAUCAGACAGAAAGAGCUGUGAGUGUGAAGAAAGACCCAGAACAGGAGCUGAACGGCCGACAGCCAAUCAGAGCAGCUGUUCUCCAGAUUUUGAUAUUCGGUGUCAGAGUGACCAUAAAGCGUCUCUGAAGAAGAAGUUCCAGAGUCUCUCUGAAGGCGUCGCUGAACCUGGAAAUCAAACCGUUCUGAACCAGAUCUACACAGAGCUCCACAUCACAGAGGGAUUAACUAGAGAGGUCAACCAGGAACAUGAGGUCAGACACAUUGAAACAGCAUCCAGGAAACAAGAAACAAUCAGAAGAGAAGACAUCUUUAAAGUCCCACCUGGAAGAGAUGAACCAAUCAGAACAGUGAUGACCAUGGGAGUGGCUGGCAUUGGGAAAACACUGUUAACACAGAAGUUCACUCUGGACUGGGCUGAAGGCAAAACCAACCAGAACAUUGAUUUCAUAUUUCCAUUCACUUUCAGAGAGCUGAAUAUGUUGAAAGAAGAAAAGUUCAGCUUAUUAGGACUGAUUCAUAAAUUAUUUUCUAAAACCAAAGAAAUCAGCAGCUUUGAAACGUUCCAGGUUCUGUUCAUCUUUGAUGGUCUGGAUGAAAGUCGAUUUACUCUGAAUUUCAAGAACAAUCUGAUCCUGACUGAUGUUACAGAGUCCAGCUCAGUGGAUGUUCUGGUGACAAACCUCAUCAGGAGGAAACUGCUUCCCUCUGCUCUCCUCUGGAUAACCACACGACCUGCAGCAGCCAAUCAGAUCCCAGCAACGUUUGUUGACAUGGUGACAGAGGUCAGAGGGUUCACUGACCCCCAGAAGGAGGAAUACUUCAGGAAGAGAUUCAGAGAUGAUGAAGAGAAGGCCAGCAGGAUCAUCUCCCACAUCCAGAAAUCAAAAAGUCUCCACAUCAUGUGUCACAUCCCAGUUUUCUGCUGGAUCACUGCUAAAGUUCUGGAGGAUGUGAUGAAGACCAGAGAGGGAGAAAAACUGCCAAAGACUCUGACUGAGAUGUACAUAGCAUUCCUGGAGGUUAACUUCGCAAUCAAGAAGGAAAAGUAUGAUGGAGGAAAAAAGACAAGAUCAAUCUGGAGUCCAGAGAACAAGAAGCUGAUUGAGUCUCUAGGAAAACUGGCUUUUGAGCAGCUGCUGGAGGGAAACCUGAUCUUCUAUGACGAAGAGCUCAAAAAGUGCGACAUCAACAUCAAAGAUGCUGCGUUGUUCUCAGGAGUGUUCACUGAAAUGUUUAAAAGAGAGAGAGGGACGUGCGACAUCUCUGUCUACUCCUUUGUUCAUCUGAGCAUCCAGGAGUUUCUGGCUGCAGUCUACAUGCUCCACUGUUUCACCAGCAGGAAGUCAGAGGUGAUCAAGACGUUUCUGGGAGAAAAAUACAGAAAAACAUCUCUAGAUGAGUUCAUGAAGAAAGUCAUGGAGAAAUCCCUCAGCAGUGAAAAUGGCCACCUGGACCUGUUUGUCCGCUUCCUUCAUGGUCUCACUGUGGAGUCCAACCAGAGACUCUUAGAAGAUCUGCUGGGUCAGACAGAGAACAGUCCAGAAACCAUCCAGAGAAUCAUCACCAACCUGAAGGAGAUGAACACUGAUGAUAUCUCUCCUGACAGAAGCAUCAACAUCUUCUACUGUCUGGUGGAGAUGAACGACGUCUCAUUUUAUCAGGAGAUCCAACGGCUGCUGGAUUCAGGGAAGCAGCUCUCAGAGACUGACUGUUCAGCUCUGGCCUUCAUGCUGCAGAUGUCAGAGGUUCUGGGUGAGUUGGACCUGGAGAAGUACAACACAUCAGAUGAUGGACGACGGAGACUGGUUCCAGCUGUGAGGAACUGCAGAAAGGCUCGACUUGGUGGCUGUUCGCUCCUAAAGGCUGAAUGUGAAGUUUUGGCCUCGGCUCUGAAGUCCAACCCAGAUCUGACUGAACUGGAAAUAAAUCAGAUCUACAUAGAUGAAGGUGGAGACUCUGAUCUGAAGCCUCUGGUUGAGAUCCUGGAGAGUUCAGUCAGUAAAGUGAAGAAUCUGAGAUUGUUUGACUGCAGUUUGUCAGAGACCAGCUGGACUUCUCUGUUCUCAGCUCUGAAGUCCAAACCGACCCAUCUGACAGAACUGGAGCUGAGCUGGAGCAACCUGGAAGGUUCUGGAGUGAAGGAGCUCUGUGGUUUUCUACAGACUGAAGGCUGCAGACUGAAGAAAUUGAGAUUGUGGACCUGCAGUUUGUCAAAGAUCAGCUGUGAUUAUUUGGCCUCAACUCUGAAGUCCAACCCGACCCGUCUGACAAGACUGGACCUGAGUGGAAACGACCUGAAGGAUUCAGAUGUUCAGCAGCUGAAGAAUCUUGUAAAGACUUUAAUGUUGUACUGAUCUCUGUGAAGUAGAAAAUGGUCUCAGUGUCCUGCUGAUCCUCAGAGGUUGAAGCUGCAGCAGUUUGAGUCUAAAGAGACUCUGACUGGAUCAUGAUGAUGACCUCUGACCUCCAACGUUUUC